GUUAAAUCGAUCGAUUAUCGAGCGAUAGGUCGAUAGUUGCAAGUAGAUGAAAUGUAGUCGCCCGAUUAGUGAAAUGUAAUGAAAUGUAACACCCGAUUAUUAGAUUUUCACUUUCGUCACUCAAUAGCUGCAAUCGAUAGAAAUCUAGUAAUCUAGAUGAAUCGGGCGAUACUAGAUUUUUUUUGACGCUUGGGUAUAGCCGAAAAAUGAAAAUGUUUUCGCACACAUUCGUAAAGGAACACUUCUCUCCUACAGAAAAGUUAUCUUAGUCAGAUUGCUUUAAAAUUUUUUCAAAGGAAUAGCCAGAUUUCUUACGAUUUCUGUAAUUUUUUCCUUUUAUGAAUGGAAAAGUUUGGGUAAUUCAGGAGGUUUUUCUUAUAUUGAUCUGAGUUUGAACCGAAACAGGUCAACCAACCGUGACCCGAACCCGACUGUGAGUUGACCCCGAGCCGACCCGACCCGAAUCAAUAUCUUUUACGUUGACUCGAACCCGACCUGUUUCGGCCUCUGAUACACAUUCUUUCUUUAAAGCAAAACCAAUUGUUUCAAUUGGUUAUUUGACUCGAUUGGAAAUGGAUUUGAUCGACAUGAGAUGUGCACCAGACGGAGAAUACAAGUGGAUUUUACAUGUGAAAGAUCACUUUACUAAAUUCUCAUAGGCAUAAUACAUAAUAAUACAUUAACGAAUACAAAUACCCUUGAAUGUGCAAGCUCUCUACCACAGGUGUUUAGUUCAAUUGAUCUACAAUUUGGAGAAAGUAAUCAGUUAAUGUAAGCUGAAAAACAAGACUUUGAAUUUCUUUCUAUUCGUGUUAGGCUCACAAAGUAGUUGCUCGACAAAAUUGACGAAGAUCUAUGACGAUGCUCGACAUAAAGAACAAUAUCAAUUAGGUGAUAUUGUUGGGCUCAAAAUUGAUAAAGUUGAUCAUACGAAUACAACGCCAAGAAUUUUACCAUGUAUAGUGGUGUCUAUCCAAUCAGCGUCGGAUGAUACAGUGUUGUAUAAAGUAUGUACAUUGACAGGAUAUUUUAUUUAUAAAGCUAAAAUCAAUGAUCAAGUUAUUGAAGGCACGUACUUUUGGGAUGUAAAACCAACGACAGAAGGUAGACUCAUUAUUGAACUAGUGUGA